AUGACCAGCCUUCAAAUUGCUCUCAACGAAAAAACAAGAGGAGAUUGCCCUACUGUUGGUGAAGAAGGGAGCGAAGUAGACCGAAAAUAUGUAGGCUAUGCCAGAGAAGACUCACUCAACGACCGAGAAUACAUGAUUCAAAAUCGUGUAGUAGAGAGCAAUGAGCAGAGUAUGGAGAAGCUUCGAAAGUCAGAUCUAGGGUUCAAUACUAUUUUACAACAAGCCAUUGUACUCGGGUUUUCAGGACUGGUCGAUGAAAUGGUCAAGCUUCCUGAAUGUCCACUCGAGGUUUCCACGAACAGUUGUGAACCUGCCACCAAUAAGACAGCACUUCACUAUGCGUGCCGUGUUGGAAAUCUAGAAAUGGUGAAACUACUUGUUGAUAAUGGCUCUCGAGUUGAUGAUGUCGAUCAUCAUCACCGAACGCCACUCUUUGAAGCCUGUGAGCAUAACCAUGGCGAUAUUGUCGAAUAUCUCAUCGAAAAACAAGCCAAUGUUGAGCACAAAGACGACGAAGGGCACACAUGUCUUCAUACAUGCUGCAAACAUGGCUCUGUCGCAUGUAUGACCUCACUCAUUGCAAGAGGAGCUGUUCUUAACUCGAAAGAUCUUGCAGGUAGAACACCCUUAAUCGUUGCGUCACAAUUCGGCCAAACAGAAUGCGGACGAGUUUUAGUUAAAGCAUUUGCAUCCAUGAAAAAGCACUGA